AUGCAAGCAAUUGGUGUUACUUGGAGACGAUUAGCCGACAACAUCCGCACAUCCAACACAGCGACUAGCUUCCGAAGAUUAGUGAAAGUGGCUUUUAGUGAUAAAUAUUUAUUGUAUACAAAUGUUACCAUAUCUGUGAGUCUAUCAUCGGCUGGCGAUUUGAUGGAACAAACAUAUGAAAUAUAUACCGGUGAUCAGGAUAAUUAUGAUUUCAAACGAACAAGACACAUGGGUUUUUCUGGUGCCGCACUUGGCGUGCUAUGUCACCAUUGGUACAAAGUAUUAGACAAGGUUAUUAUAGGUAAAACAUUUGAUAUGGUUACCAAGAAAUUACUUCUAGAUCAAUUUAUAUUUUCACCUAUAAUGAUAGUAACACUGUUUGGUAGUUUAGCAUUAUUCGAAAAAGAUCCUGUAGCUAAUUUUAAAGAGGAAGUUAGAGAUAAAUUUACUACUUUGUACCAAGCUGAGUGGAUGGUGUGGCCACCGGCACAGAUAAUAAAUUUUUAUUUCCUACCAACUAGAUUUAGAGUUUUAUAUGACAACACUAUAUCCUUAGGAUAUGACGUGUAUACCUCACAGGUUAAGCAUAAUAAGUCACUUAAAAAGUAA